UGACCAUCCACCAAAUCUCCACUCGUCCUCCUUGCUCGUUGCUGCGAUGAACAGCCUAGCAGGCUACGGGUCUGGCUCUGACUCCGAGGGAGAAGAGACUCCAGCGGCAGGCGGCUCGUCCUCAGCAAGUGUUGCCGCCGCUGCUGGGAAGCGCAGAAGAGCGUCAACACCAGGGUCGAGCUCCAGUGAUGGCGAGGGGAAUGCUGCGCCGACGGAUGCGUUCGGUUUAGAGAAUGGCAACGGGACAGCUACUCCCAGCAGUUCGGCGGCUCCAAGCUCGACGAUGACCAUCCGCGCAGCCCCACAAGUAGUCCUUGAUGAUCCCAUGGCCUCCAGCUCACGAUCCAUGAUUCCUCGCUCGACGGAUACCCAAAUGCACGUCAAUGUCCGCUACGACGACAUGGUUGCAACAACCGCUGGCCCAUCGAACCCCUUCUCCACCCGCCAGCUCGGCGCACAGCAAAACGCGCUCAAUGGCCACUACGAGGAGGAAGCAAUGAGCGACUUCGAUUUCCGCAAUCAGCAGAAGAAUCGAGAUAUUGGUCAUCAGCUUGCAGGCAGCUCGGGAGCGCUGGCGCGUACCUCGAAGCAAUUGAAGAAGCAGAGGAUGGGCAAGGGUGGGGAUACCAGCGUUGUUGAGGGCGAGGGGGCGUACGUGGGGCCGUGGGGUGGAUGGGAGGGGGAGAAAGUGCAGCUCGAUGAGGGCGUAGGACCUACGGAGGAGGAAAUCGCCCACGCUUCCUCGCUCUCCACUCAACGCGCCAAGGACAAGGCCGAAGCCGAAGCCCGCCGUCAAAGGGACGAAGGUCGCGGCACAGAAAAGUCGAUCUUCCACGGCACGUCCAUGUACGACUACCAAGGGCGUUCCUAUCUGCACGUUCCAGGCGACGUCGAGACGAAUCUGCACGGAGAGGCGGGGUCGCAGAGCUGCUUCUUGCCCAAGGCUUGCGUGCACACCUUUACAGGGCAUACGAAGGGAGUAUCUGCGCUCCGCUUAUUCCCAAAGAGUGGGCAUCUGAUGCUCAGCGCGAGUAUGGAUACCAAGAUCAAGUUGUGGGACGUCUACCACGAAGGGAAAUGCCUGCGCACCUACAUGGGCCACAACAAGGCCGUACGCGAUGUCACCUUCUCGCACGACGGACGCCAGUUCCUCUCUGCAGGGUACGAUCGUCAGAUCAAGCUGUGGGACACCGAGACUGGGCAAUGCCUACGCGCCUUCUCCAACGGCAAGCAACCCAACGUGCUGCGCUUCCAUCCCGAACAGCCCAACAUCUUCCUCGCCGGCAUGCACGACAAGAAGAUUGUCCAAUUCGACAUCGAUUCGGGCGAGAUCACGCAGGAGUACGACCAGCAUUUGGGGCCAGUCAACAGCAUUACAUUCGUGGACGAGAAUCGUCGCUUCGUUACCACGUCAGAUGACAAGACGAUGCGAGCGUGGGACUUCGACAUCCCCGUCGUCAUCAAGUAUGUGGCCGACCCGCUGAUGCACUCCAUGCCCGCGGUUACUGUCCAUCCCAACGGCAAAUGGCUGGCAGCACAGAGUCUCGACAACAGCGUAUUGGUAUACAGUACGGACUCGCUGCGGCAGAAUCGCAAGAAGAUCUUCAAGGGCCACACCGUGGCUGGGUAUGCGUGCGAGGUGGCCUUUUCCCCCGAUGGGCGUUUUGUGUCUAGUGGUGACGGGGAAGGGAAUGUGGUGUUCUGGGAUUGGAAGACGGGGAGGCUGCUCAAGAGGCUGCCACGAGCACACAAGGAGGUGGUCAUCAGUCAUGCGUGGCUGCCGCAUGAGACGAGCAAGGUGGUGACGGGUAGUUGGGAUGGCACGAUUAAGAUGUGGGAUUGAGCGGGCGGCACGAGCGGGGAGGAAGUGUAUUGGGGCGAUAGAGCUGCGAAGGUACAAUAUCAUUCAUCGUUGCUCUUGCGCCAUUGAACCCUGCCUGGCUCAUCUCCUUCUCGUGAAGGUUUGACCGUGGGCGGUGCUCAAGCGGUGAUCUCCGACCUCACUGACUC